AUGACCAAGAUUGGCCUCCGUCGAUUCCUCCUCCCUUGUUUCUCUCCUCCCACUACCACCACCACUACCACCAGCACCACAACCACCAACAAGAAACGCCUUAGCAUCCUUCGUGAUGAUCUUGAUGACCCCAUCACCACUAAUCAAGAACCUCAAAUCAAAGAAGACCAAGAAUCCAGCUCCCCACAAUCGACACUCAGCCCCAUAAUCACAGUAGCCCCACCACGCCCUUCAAAAACAAUGGUGAUCGGUACCAUUUUCGGCAACCGCAGAGGCCACGUUUGGUUCUGCAUCCAACAUGACCGUCUCUCCACUAUACCUCUUCUCCUUCUUGAACUCUCAAUCCCCACCCACCAACUCGUCAAAGAAAUGCAAUGUGGGCUGGUCCGCCUCGCUCUUGAGUGCAAUCGAUCUGAGUUGAACUCUGUCCGGCUACGAGCAGUCCCAGUCUGGACAGUGAAUUGCAAUGGGAAGAAAGCAGGUUUUGCUUUAAGGAGAAAGGCAAGUGAGCAGAUUCGUUUGAUGUUGAAGACAGUGCAGUCAAUGACGGUUGCUGCGGGUGUUAUUCCGGCCAGGUUGGGGUCAUCUUCGGAUUCGGAGGAGAUCAUGUAUAUGAGGGCUAAUUAUGAGCAUAUGGUUGGUAGAGCUGAUUCAGAAUCGUUUCAUUUGAUUAACCCAGAUGAGUGUCCUGGUCAAGAACUCAGUGUGUUCUUGAUGAGGUCUUGAUAAUCUUGGGCCUAAAUAAUUUUUGUGCCUUGAUAAAUGGUACUAGUAAAUCUUGACAUUUAGAAUGCC